AUGGAAAAACAUCGACAAAGCAGUCUGUGGCGCUUACGAUCCAAGUUUGCCCAGGUAUGCAAAGAUAGGAAAAUUGAUGGACAAAGCCAUGCUAGUUGUCAAACCGUUAUACAAGGUGGCCAAGAUGUUGAAUUCUCAACGCAAAUGGAACAGCAAAAGGCUUCAACAAAACGAGAAGUGUGCUGCAAGUCUUUAUUCUCAUUGGAGAGAUCUUUCCCCAACGGUAAUGUCUUCCCAAAGCUUCAUGACUUGGUGCGGCACGUUCCUGAAUUUAUUCGUGAGCACGGAAUGUAUGGAAUAUGCUCAGAAGAAGGAUUUGAGGGCUACCAUGUCAAACACAAACAAGAGUAUUCAAAUUUGAAAUCCAUGAAGGAUCCUUCAAAGAGAACUGCUGUACUUGAUAGACGUCUUCAGACUUAA